GACAGCAGCUGCUACUUCACGGGCAGCCAGCGGAGGAGAGACACCAGACCGAGUUGGUCGAUUCGAGGCAACGACGCACAGCCGCGGGACAUCUGGACACGCACACACACACACGCACGCACGCACGCACCGGCGCACCACCGGAUGAACCCGUGAACCGGAGGUUUUGGACACCUCGGACAGGAGCGCGCGCCGCAAAACGGGAUUUAAGUGGAAGAAGUUGGGCUUUCGCAACGGCGGUGCCCGCGCCGAGGACUCUCGUUGUCAAGUUGUGACGGGGAUUUGGGACCCCGCCGCCGGCGGCCUCCGCCCCCUCCGCCCCGAACUGUGAGGACUUACGGAUUUUUAAGUAGUUUUGUGGGGUUUUAUGAAGUUUUAGAGGAGAAUAACGGCUGCGUUUCAUCUUCUGAAUGCGUGGUGACAUCUGAAAGGAUCCGAUUUGCUGUCUAAACAGUGUUCCUUUGGUGGGUGUCGGCGCGUCGUCGGAGGCCCCCGCCCUGCCGGGCAGCAUGCCGGCGGAGGAGGCGGUCUGAGUCCCAGCCGGGCCCCCCCCACCCCAGCUGCUCUGCAUCAUCCGCUGCCCAGAGGGAUGACGGCGCUGAGGCGCUCACUGUGGCUCUCCUUCCUGCUUCCUCUGUGCGUGGCCCCGGCCAGGCUGCCCACCGCUCUGCCCACAGACUCCGCGUCCAGCGAGACGGCCUUCCUGGAGGACGAUGUCCUGGGCAUCGGGGACACCCUGGAAAUGUCCUGUGACCUGGAGGACCACUCGGAGCCCGUCGUCUGGUUCAAAGACGGCGCCGGGCUGUUGCCGAGCAACCGGACGCGGCUGGGCCAGAGGGUUCUGCGCAUCGCCAACGUGUCCUACGAGGACUCGGGCGUCUACUCCUGCCGGCUCGCCCGCAGCAACGCGCUGCUCAGCAACUACACCGUCCGGGUGACAGAUUCUCUGUCAUCUGGAGACGAUGAAGAUUAUGACGAAGACCCAGAAGAUGCAGAAGCUCCGUAUUGGACGAGGCCCGACCGGAUGGACAAGAAGCUCCUCGCCGUCCCGGCCGCCAACACCGCCAAGUUCCGCUGCCCGGCGUCCGGCAACCCGACGCCGACCAUCCACUGGCUGAAGAACGGCAAGGAGUUCAAAGGAGAGCAGAGGAUGGGCGGCAUCAAGUUGAGGCACCAGCAGUGGAGUCUGGUGAUGGAGAGCGCCGUGCCGUCAGAUCGGGGAAACUACACCUGCGUGGUGCAGAACAAGUAUGGCGCCAUCACCCACACCUACCAGCUGGAUGUGUUAGAGCGGUCCCCCCACAGGCCCAUCCUCCAGGCCGGCCUGCCGGCCAAUCAGACGGUGGAGGUGGGCAGCGACGUGGAGUUCCACUGUAAGGUCUACAGCGACGCCCAGCCGCACAUCCAGUGGCUGAAGCACACCGAGAUAAACGGCAGCCGCGUGGACCACAACGGCCACCCCUUCGUCACCGUCCUGAAGAUUUAG